CCUUUAACCCCCAACAGUUUUUUUUCACUGCCCCUUGCCCGCCAAGGUGCUCCACAGACCACCAUUCGCACUGCCGCAAAGGCCUCCGCCGGCGCAGGGCCGGCUCUCAGCGCGGACAGCGAGCCCCGGCCGGGCGCUGCUCCUGCAGCAGCUCGGUCCCCGCGUCCCGGGACGCCGGAGGCCGCCGCGCCCACGUGUGCGGCAGAGCCGGCAGCGGGGCGGGCACUGCCGGCGCCGCGGGAAAACGCGCCAUCGCCCCGCCCCAGUUGGGCGCUUCCCGCCAGUGACGCUCCCGCCGCCCCGCCCGCCGCGCGCCACAGGGUGGUGCCGACCCCCUUCGCCCUCGCCCGCCGCAAAGAUGGUGGUGAAGCUGGAAGACCUGCCCGCUCCCAAGAUGGCCGCCCGCCGGCCCCGACCAGGCGCCCCCGCCGGCCGGCGGCUGCCGCUGGGCGCGCUGCCGGCAGCGAAGGGUGCUUUUCCCUCGAGGAAAAUGACCUGAACUUAAUGUCACUGGAUGCAGAAACCAUCUUGGAGGCUGAGGAGAUCCUGGGGACGAUGCAGAACUAUCUGGACUCCUCUGUGAUCUCCAUAAUCGAGGACCUGUCUCUGAGUGAGCAGAGCAAGGCCUGCCUGGAUGCACAGAAUGAGUUGUCCCUGCUGACUGCCAUCACCGAGAUCCUGGACAGCACAGAUGAUGAGACCCUGUCUCCUUUUGACACCAUCAUGGAUGCGGAGUUGCUGAGCUCGCCUCGGGAGCGGGAGAAUCCUUCGGUGAGCUGUGAGUUUCAGAAGUUUCUCAGCUUGUCCCGGCCGUCGCUGGAGUAUGAGAGUGCUGCCCUGGAGCAGCCCAAGGCUCUCAGGCCUCUGAGCAGUAGCAGCAUCGCUGUGGUUGGGAAGACUGACACAGACCUGGCUUGGGACCAUGCUGCUCAUGACCUCGAGGACCCAGCGCUGCCAAAGAAGCAAAUUUGCACCCCAAGGAUGGAGAGGAAGCUGGGCCGGAACCGGGCCCGAGAACAGCCCCUGCCACAGCGCAGUGACGGGGAGGAAGAGGAGGAGGAGGUGGAGGCUGCCUUGAGCCCAGCGCUAGACAGCAGCAUAGAGGCCAGGGAGUUUUGUGGGAAUGGAGCCAGGGCAGAGCUGGAGGACUGUGAAGACCCCUGCAUCAUCAACACAGGUGACGUGUCCCUGAGUGAGCUGGUGAAGUCCAUGCACCCCUACUGCCUGCCCACCUUCACUGUGUGCCUGGACCCAGAGACUGAGCCUGUGGCCAAGGAGCUCCUAAGUGGUCCUGUCUUGCUGGAAAUUGUGCCUGGCGAGGGGGAGAGCGUGGAAAUCCCUGUGGUCCUGCAGCCGCUGGCCCCCAGCUUCCCCAACCUGAAGCCCCAGCUUGCGGGAGCAGAGGAGGCUCCCAGGGAGUCAAUCCCAGAGCAUCCAGAGGAGUUUCCAGGAACUCCAGCCCAGGAAAACAGGAUGGAGGAGGAGAAGAAGGAGAAACCACCUGAGAAGGAGUCCUCCUGCACUGCCCCAGAGAGCUCAUCCCCACCGGAGACAGCAGCGCCCAGCACCAGGAGCCCUGACAGCAACUCCCGGCACAGCACAGAGGCACCGUCGGGCACCAAAUGCAAGGGCUCCGAGAAGGGACGCGGCCGUGAGAGAGCAAGGAAGAGUCGGAAAAAGAAAGCAGAGGACCAAAGUGAGCAGGCCAGGCCAGGCCGAGAAUGCGUGGCCUCCCACCUCCACUCAGCUGGCUCCGGGCAGCCCCCGGGCCAGCCGCCCACCAGCCGGCGUCGGGCGGCGCGUCCCUCUGUCCAGGUGUCGGACUUCCUGGCACAGCAGCUGGAGCGAGCCCGCAAGGAGGGCCAGAUGGAGCUGCGAGCUGAACCAGCACCACGGCCCCGGGGCAGGCCCCUGAGCACGGCAGGGGCCUCCCCGCCUGAGAAAGUGCAGAAGGAGACGGUGCCAGAAGUGGUGACUGUAGCCCUGGAGAAGUCUGAGAUCGUGGUGCCUCCGGACAAGACCGCACUGAGCGUGGAGGAGCGGCCAGCAGCUGUGUGUCCCAGCCCAGAAGACCAUGGUGACAGGGAUGCACAGCCAGCUGCUGGACAGGGCGGCAGGCUCUCGGAGGCUGCUUCUCCAGCGCCAGAGCCCCCCCCGAAUGUGCCAGCAGCAGAGCUAAGCGAGGUCCUGCCCAAGGAAGCCAAGCCCAAGGCGCUGAGCCUGCGGGAAUACCGCAUCCGCAUGCUGCACCGCCAGCCCAGCCCGGGUGACAGGAAGGACGGAGAGAAGCAAGCAGCCAGCAAGUGGCCCAGUGUCCCUGAGCCUCCUACUGAGCUGGCAGAGAUCCCCUGCCUGGUGUCACCUGUGCAGCCCACCACUGAGGCAGCCAACGCUCAGAAGAGCCUGGAGAAACCCACCAGCCCUGCUGCUGUACCUUGUCCUGCUGGCAAAGCUCCUGCUGCUCCGACCUCAGCUCCUGCACCUGCCAUGGCUCUGGUACCCACCACGGCUGCACCAUCCCCAUCAACACCAAUGCCUUUUGUCACGCCAAAUGUGCCCCCAGCUGCUGGGGUAGCCCCCCCUGGGAUACCACCAGCCUCCACCGGUGCUUAUGCCCUUUACCCACCAGUGCCUUCCUGGCCCUGCUUUGGCCCACAGCCUGUGGGCUGCCAUGGUUUUCCCCCACCGCCCAGCACCGGCUCCCCUAGUACUUUUCACAUGAUGCCUGGCCUCCCGCCUCCAGCCAUGGCCUGGCCCCCACCAGUUGUGCCACCCCCACCUCCUUUUGCCCCUGGUGGCCCCUAUGCCCCGGUGGGGUGGGCGCCACCAUCCUACUGGCCAGGAGUCCCCAUGCCCCCUCUGGUGCCUCCCCUGACGUACGGGGACCCCGGAGUGGCACUGCAGGCUGCUUCCACCUUCCCAGCUGGCGGUUCCCCCAGCACGGCCCUUCUGCAUGAGAAACCUCCCCCUGCCCAGCCACCUGCUGCCCCAGCCAGCAAGGUGGGGGCUGCGGGUGGCUCAGCCAGGCCAGUGACCAGCAGGGUGUCAGACCCCAGGAGGCUGGCACGCCUGGCAGGGGACAGCUCAGUCCCCAAGGCCACUCCAGCCCCUGCCCAGACCCUGGCACCCCCAGCAGCUGCCUCUGUCCAGCCUGGCAGGAUCCCUCCUGUAGCAUCAGCCCAGCACACAGCAGCCCCCCAGGCUGCCACCACUCAGCCUCCAGAGGAGCCCCAGGCUGUAACCCCCACCCAGCUCCCAAAGGCCCCCCCAGCUGCCAUCCUUUGUCCUGCAGAGGUGUUACCUGCCGCUGCCACUGUUGGGGAGUCCCCUGGCAGCCACUCCACAGAGGAGGCUGCAGGGCUGGGCAAGGGGGCAGUGGAGAAAGCCCUGCCGGAGCCCAAGGCAGCUGCUGGGCAGGAGUCACCUGGCCAAAAAUCCACCUCCCAGGCCGUGGCACCACCACCACCAAAAGCAGGUCGAGAGAACAGCCUGCCCACCAAGGCACCUGCUGUGCGGCCGUGGAGGCACCAGCCGCUCCUCAGCGCAGUGCAGCCCAGUGACAGCAGCAAGGACAUCGUGCAAGCCUUCAUCAGCGAGAUUGGGAUUGAAGCCACCGACCUGUCCAGCCUGCUGGAGCAGUUUGAGAAGUCUGAAGCCAAGAAGGAGACUCCUACUGUACAGCCCCCUGAGGACCAGCAGCUGGCAGGGGGCUCUGCGCCUGAGACCCAGCAGGACAGGAAGCCCCUGGAUGGCCUGCAGGCCUCUGAGCUGGCCAAUGUGGCAGGCCUCACCCCGCCAGCGACGCCCCCACACCAGCUCUGGAAGCCAUUGCCUACUGUCUCACUGCUGGCCAAGGCCAAGUCACCUGGGUCCGUGCCCCAGGAAGGGCCACAGAAGAUGACCAAGCUGACAAAAACCAAGCCGCUGCCCCAGAACAAGCUCCAAGGGAAGAGCCCGGCCCCUGCCAGCUCAGCCCCCAGCCAUGUCUGCUCGGGAGAUCACGACUACUGCAUCCCAGGUGCGGCGCGGCUGGAGAGCAGCAGCAGCCCCUGCACGCAGCCCCCCACUGAGAGUGGCUCCCGCUGGAAUGUCAAGCACCACCGGGACAUCACAAUCAAACCCAUCUCCUCCUUAACCAAACGGACGCUGGACCAGUCCAAGCCCACCCCGCCAGCCCCCACCACCACCAUGGAGCCCAGCCAGGAGCCCCCGGGGUCGGCCUGCCUACCCCCUCUGGAUUAUCGGACUAGUGUCCCCAGCAAGGCCACUGCCGGGUGCAGCAGCCCCCCCACCUCAGUGCUCCUGUCACCAGCUGCAUCCCCCUGCCGGGACCAGGAGGUGCGGACUCCCAGUGCCCAGCCCAGCCGUGCUGCUGCCAAGAGGUCCCUGCACUGCUACCGGAGACCCCAGGACUCGCCCAGCCCCUCUGCCAGCAGCUGGAGGGCUGGGCGGAGCCGUGCCAGCCGCUCUUUCAGCUCCAGUUCAGAUGGAGCCAGCGAGUCAUCUUCAUCCUCAUCCUCCCGAUCCCGCUCACGGUCAUUCUCCCCACCGCCCAAGCGGUGGCGAAGGUACCGCUCCAGAUGUUCCCACAGCUCCUCCUCCCACUCCAGCUGUGGGUCGUGUGGCAGGUCUCGGGACAGGUCCUCAUCCUCAUCAUCAACAUCCUCCUACUCGUCCAGGUCCACAUCCCGCAGCCAGUCCCGCUCCCCCUCACCCCACAGGAGGAGUAACAGGCGCAGAAGAUACAGUUACGAUGCACAGGACCACUACCAAAGGCAGAGGAUCCUCCAGAAGGAACGUGCAAUAGAGGAGCGUCGAGUUGUGUUUAUUGGCAAGAUUCCCAGCAGGAUGACGCGGUCGGAGUUGCGGCACCGCUUCUCUGUGUUCGGGGACAUUGAGGAGUGCACCCUGCACUUCCGCUCCGAGGGGGACAACUAUGGUUUUGUCACCUACCGCUAUGCCGAGGAAGCCUUUGCCGCCAUUGAGAGUGGGCACAAGCUGCGGCGCCCGGACGAGCAGCCCUUCGACCUGUGCUUCGGCGGCCGCCGGCAGUUCUGCAGGAGGAACUAUGCUGACUUGGACUCAAACCGAGAGGAUUUCGACCCAGCCCCCGUCAAGAGCAAGUUCGACUCCCUGGACUUCGACACACUGCUGCGGCAGGCACAGCGUAGCCUGCGGAGGUAGCGGCAGGUGAGGCGGAGAGCCCGCCCCCACUUUUAUAUUCAAAUACAAAAGACAAAAAAAGUGCGGAGAGAGAGAGAGGUGGGGUUUUUAAGAAAAAGGAAAAGGAAAAAAAAGAAAUUUGUUUUCUAGCCAAUAUUUAAGGAGGACGGGUCAUUUGCCUUUGACCAGAGGGGUCCAGGCGAGCGGCAGCCCCGGGCCUGCCCAGCCAUGUAAUAAAUGUGGAUGCCCAAACAGCA